AUGACGACUUUACUCGAGAAUGACGUGGAUUGGACACUCUCUGACGCUGCAAUAGCCGCCAAUCCUGUCCAGUGGGAUCGCUGUUCCUCCCAUAAAGACUGUGAUUCAUGUUUAAAUGCCAGUCUCACUUGUCAUUUCUGUCAGAGUGACUUCCAAUGCCACACUAUUGGAUCACCAUUUGGCUGCCCCGUUGGCGUCUCUGUCUGUCAUCAUCUCGAAGAUUGCAAGCGAUCCGAUCCACAAUUUGUCGGCUAUGGACCUCCACCAUCUGUGGUAGUUGCAGUGCUUUGUCUUAUGGUGAUGCUUACGUGCUGCUUCUGUGGCAUUUCGGCCAUUUGCUCGGUUUUCUGUCGAGCCAGGAAGACGCCAACACGACGAGCUGCGCUCACAGCUGCAUUGGAUGACGACAAGCGGAAACAGAAACAAAAAAUGGCCCUGAGCGACGAUGCAGAAGAAACACAGUCGCAGCGGCAGCCUCUGCUUCUAGGAGAGAUUCGGGAGGGAGAAGUCCGAUUGUUUGAGAACGAGGUGGAUCAGGAGUCACUAGAGCGUCUACGCAUCCGCUACGAAGAAGAUGAGGGGCGUCAGGUCAACUGGAAGGCAUUUGCUGCGCGCGCCACGUGGCUCACGUUGCUGAUCUCGAUGACUGUCUUGGCACUCAUGUUCUACCCGCGUAUGCCGGACUACAAUGUUUGCAACCGAGAGUUUGAAUGGGAGUCCAUUUUACACAGUAUCAUGGGCUUAGAGCCUAAGGUCGAGUACCAGGUGCUUGUGAGUGUAAUCAACGAGAACCGCUUCGGGUUUGUACUGGAAUCAGGGCAAGCUGAUAUUUACCACAAUACCACACUUGUGGGCAAGUGGGAGCUCGACGAGCCAUUUACAGCCAAGGCCGGCUCAAUUAGCGAUGUGAUUGCGGGGAUCAAUAUAAAACCUGGAUUUGCUGAAGGGAUUGCGUUGUGGAAAGAUUUCAGCAAGAACGAGCUCAUUUUUCGGAUCAAUGCGACGAUCGCGGGGUCGAUCACGUGGGGGCGCUACAAGAUCUAUCGCAUUUCAUCUUCAACGCCGGAUGUCGAGUUCCUUGUUGGAGCUGAGUACGAUCGCGGUCUUUGCAAGUGCACAGAGUAUUUGACACCGACGUAG